UGCCCAUCCCUUCAAUCUCCUUCUCUUGACUUCUCGAUACACACUGGGACUCUUCUCUGCUCACCUGCCAGACUAGUGUAUCGCUUCUCCCUCUCUCUCUCUCUCUCUCUCUCUCUCUCUCUCUCUCUCUCUCACUCAUACACACAAACACACACUUUCAGGAGACUUUGGUAUCCCUCUGGCACCAUAGACCUCCUACCCAUUUCUUUGCCCUUCACUGCUCAUCAUUCCAGCAUACGGGGAGAAUUUGGCGCAGGCGGCCCGGAAGAUUCUGCUGGGCGCCACCGCCAUCAUGCUUCUCAUCAUUUUGGUAAUACUCAUUCCAGUCUUGGUGAACUCAGUGGGCGGCAAUGAGAAUAGUAGCCGCUAUGAGAUGUUGGGCACCUGCCGCAUGGUCUGCGAUCCGUACAUGGACAAGGCAGGCACUGUCGGAACAGGAAUCAGCUCGGCAACAGACGUCGACACGCACAUUCAAGCUGAGGCGGAGCCACUAAGUGACCACAGUGUAAGCCCGCCGUUGCCAACGUACAUCCACGGUAGGCCGGGAAAACCUGGAAAACCUGGACCGCCUGGACCACCAGGACCACCAGGGGAGCCCGGUCCUCCAGGUCCGAUGGGGCCACCGGGGGAAAAAAGCACGACAGCAGUUGCUGGCAUAGGCAGCUUUAAUAUAGGUCCACGUGUGGCAUUCUAUGCUGGCCUACGGAACCCGCAGGAGGGCUACGAGAUCCUCAGGUUUGAUGAUGUUGUCACCAACAUUGGCAACAAUUAUGAUGGUGCAUCAGGGAAGUUUGUGUGCAAGGUGCCUGGUACAUACUUCUUUACCUACAAUGUACUGAUGAGGGGUGGCGAUGGGACCAGCAUGUGGGCAGAUCUUGUGAAAAACGGACAGGUGAGGGCAAGUGCUAUAGCCCAGGACCAGGACCAGAGCUACGAUUACGCCUCAAACACAGUGAUCCUGCACCUGGACCCUGGUGACGAGAUCUUUAUCAAGCUGGAUGGUGGCAAAGCUCAUGGAGGAAACAGCAACAAAUACAGCACCUUUGCAGGCUUCAUCCUUUACUCUGAUUAGCGGAGUUGAGGUUAAGGUUCAUGAUUUCUUAAAAGGGAGUUCAGUGUCUUGAAGGAAACAGGGCAACUUCACUAAUUUUCAGACUAUUGAGUAAAGAAAGGCGUUAAAUUAGGUCUAAAUUUAGGGGUGUUGAAAUGAUUAUUAAUUAGAUAGAUAGCUGAUUUUUUUCUUCUAAAAAUAUUCAAUGUAUCAUUCAAUGCAUACAGAGUUUUGCAUAAGUAUUCAACCCCCCACCCCCCACCCCCUUUACUUUUUCAUGAUUUGUACUGUUGCAUAAGUAAACAGCUGAAGAUUGGAAUAACAUUGCCUGGCCUGGCACACCUGUCCAGUUUUGGUGAACCUGUGUCCACUGUAGCUCAGAUUCCUGUUCUUGGCUGUCCAGAGUGGUCCUGUUGUGGUCUUCUGCUGUUGCAGCGCAUCUGCCUCAAGUUUCGAUGUGUCGUGCAUUCUGAGAUGCUUUUCUGCUCACCACAGUUGUAAAGAGUGGUUAUUUGAUUUUACCAUAGCCUUCCUGCCAAAUUGAACCAGUCUGACUAAUAUAGGGGUUUCACAACAAUAGGGGGAUACUUAAGCAGUCACAACUUUUACUUUUUUAUUUGUAAAUAAUUUAAAACUAUACUGAUUUUGACCCCCACUUCAGCAUUAUGGGCUGUUUUGUCUAGAUUCAUGACAUUAAAUGGACAAAUUAAGUCCAUUUCAGUUCCAGGUUCUACAAAAUAUGGAAAAGUUCAAGGGGUUCAAGGGUAAAUACUUAUGCACAGCACUGUAAAUCUAAUCAUAAUAUUUAGAAAAAGAAGGGGUAUGUUGUAACUACUGGUCUCUGUUUGGUUCCCCUGAACUCAUCUGAGACUGGACCAAGAUGCAUUUAGCCAUUUUAUCAAGAUGCUGUCAUUGUAUGAGUCUCUUGUCUUGUUCUUGAAUUUGCCGUGAUGUGUCAUGUGUAAUUACUACUUGUGUUAUCCAAAAUUUUAUGCUUCUAAAUUCAAUGUGGAAUAAAUUAACCUGAUCCUGGUGUUUAAUCCAAAACCAUAGUGUGAAUUAUUAUCAGUACUGUGUCUGUGAAAAGUGGACAUGGAUAUAUUGGUUUUCCUAAAAAACUGAAGCAGCAUGAUUUUACCAAAACUAUGGAUUUAAUCAGGACUGAUGGCGAUUUCUACAACAAACAGCUCCUGAGAUGGAAAAGAUUAAUUAAAAUUCCAAUCAGGACUUCGCUCCAAGAUAGAAAGAAACAUGGUAACCUCGCAUAUCUCAUAGUAUCAUCAGCAUUAAUUACUGCUGGAUAAUUAGGUGCAGAAGGUGUAAGCGGUUCUCUUAUUGAGAGAAAGCUUUUCAUCAGAUAAGAGGAAUGAAAAAUGUCUCAAUGCAGCCAUCCCUGAUUGGGGUUUUAAGGGACUCAGAUGUCCAUUGUAUGUAUCUGAUUAUGUCUAAUGUGACUUUACUUUUGCUAAUAAAUGGAGAUUUUGUAGCAAUAUGUGACUGAAAAAGAGACUAU